UUCGCGCCGUUCCCACGGCCCACGGGAGGGGGAAAAAAUAUCGGAAACCCACAACUCCAACGCCGGGAACUCGGGAUUCGGAAAUCCUUCUCCUUCUCCUUCUCCUUCUCCUUCUCCGCCUCCUCUAGCUCGAGACCGCAACCGCCUCCGCCUUCUCUUUCUGCGACUUGACGCUUGCCUCAUCUUCCUCGCGUCCCCGGCGACGGAAUCGCUCCGCGGAAGUGAGCAAGUCCUUACUUACUUCUAAACCCUAGCGGCGGCAUCUCGCCGUCGUCUCCCGGUCCUCACGCAAGCAGCCGGCGGCUGCUGCUCGAUUGAAGUACCUCGUGCCCGCUCUGUGGCUCCGUCGCGUGGGCCUUGGCGACCCUGGACCACUGCGGAGGCGGCCUCCGCCGGCGUUGGUCGCCACCGGGACCGUCGUGGUCUGCUUUUGGUUAUUCUGUGGCACCGUAUAUCCACGAGAAUAAAAGCUAAUUGGGCCAAUCUCCUCCGGAUACUCUAGGUUUCCGGCGGGCUGAGGCCCUGCAAUUCUCGACCCAAACAAGCCCUAAUUGGGCCGAUCCCCAUUUAUACUCGUUUCCCGCGGCUCAAGCCCUAGGAAGUGCUCUCUCUGCUCCCUUCGCCGGCGAUGGCGGCGCCGGCGGAGGCGACGGGGGCGCCACCCCCGACUGAAAGAGAGGAGGUUAAGGACGGCGUCGAAGUCUGCCUGUUUGAAGAAUCACCAGAUGCCUUCUCCAGAGCGGUGCGCGCCAUCUCGGAGCUCACCGCUGGAGAGCCCGAGCCGGACUUUCCCGACGCUGAAGUCGAGCGGCUCGCUUCCUCAAUAACUUUCCUCAGAGAAUGGAGGCACUUCUCCUAUGAGCCAAAAGGUAUUAGUUUCACUUGCAAGGCCAGAUCAGCUCCAUCCAGAGUAGACUCACACAAGAUAAACUUACCACAGUUCUCGUCUGCAUCUGUUCCCCAGAUCACACACCUAGACGAUGGGAAUUCUAAAACAGACAGCUCAGAUUUUGUUUUAUUUGCUGGGGGCAACGUUUGGGCAUUGGACUGGUGCCCAAGGUUGUGUGACAGGCCUACAAACUGUGAGUAUCUUGCUGUUGCUGCUCACCCUCCUGGUUCUUCUUACCAUAAAAUUGGUAUGCCAUUAAUUGGGAGAGGUAUAAUUCAAGUUUGGUGUCUCCUAGCACCGUCUGAAGAGGAUCAUCAGCCAUCUAUUGCACUCAAUAAAAACAAUUCAUCCAAUCCACCAAGACCAAGAGGAAGGCCAAGAAAGACUAGCACAACUUCUGAUGAUCACUUGGAACCAAGUCUGAAAAGACCAAGGGGCAGACCAAGAAAAUAUCCACUGACAAUUGCCAAAGUGAAAGAUUCAUCCCAAAACGAUAGAAGUCAAGAUUUUGGUCUUACUGAUCCUCUUGUCAGUUCAGCAGUUAAUUUGUGUGAUGCUGUAGUAGCUUGUGCCAUGCCAACCGUUAAGUCUGUGGAACCAACUCCAAGAAGAGGUAGAGGGCGACCUAGGAAAAAACCAGUUGAGAAAAAAGGUUUGUCUGGCACUGAACUAACAGAAGAUAUGUCUACAGCUUUAAUCUGUACAGAGCCAAAGAGAAAAAGGGGAAGACCCCGAAAGUAUCCAGCUCCAAUCAACAGCAAACAUCUUCCAGGCACUGAUAAUGAAUUAGGAAAUGACACCGUCUCUCUACCUGGUUCAAUUGAUUGUAGUUUGGGCCCCACUGAAACAACAGGGUCUGGUGCUAAUUUAACCCCUGUUGCAGUUGAUGCAGCCUUCCCAGUUCCAUCUUCAUCUAGUGCUAUUUGUGAUAGAAAGUCAGGUCAGAGGGGUAGACAACAGCCUGAAAAGGAAGUAAGUCAUGGUGCACCUUGCUGGGAAACCAUAACAAAUGAUCCAAAUUCUAUGCCAUCUGGACAUCCUGAUGUAGGAUCCAUGUUGCCUACAUAUAUUUUAUCUAAUUCAAGCAGCAAGAGUGAAUCAGGUGGUACAAGAGUGAGGGGACAACCUAGGAAUAAACUAUUUCCAAGUACAACCAGCUGUUUAUUUGCUACUGGCAUGAAGACCCCAAAGCAAGCUUCUAUUCUGACCAAUUCAGACAAUCUCAUCGUCUUGGCCAAGAGUGAUGGUGAUGUUAUAUCAGAUGAUAUGGGCAUAUGCCUUGCAAAAUGCAAGGACGAAUCGUGUGCCAAAAGGGGUAGAGGCAGACCUAAAAAGAAGCAAAUUUUAACCAGAUGCACUUCUACAGAAUGUAAUGACGAAGAGCAAAAAAUUACAAUUCCCGAGUCAAGCUACAAUGCAGCCUUAGUUGGAAAUUGCAAGAAAGAAUCAUGUCCCAGAAAGAGUAGAUUGAAAGAUAAAAAGAAAUCUGCUUUUGAUGAACACAGUUCACUGGCUUUUAGUGUUGAAGCACAGAAGAUGAACAUAUCUUCUGCAUCAAUCAUGUCAAGCAGUUGCUUGGCCUUGAUAGGAUCAUGUGUAAAUGAAGAUACAUCUAAUGAGGUUGGUUUGAUUGGAUAUAAGAGUGGACCUGUUGGAUGUGACAUCAUGAAAAUGCGUGAAAUCAAUACUUUUGAAAGUGCACAGGCAAAUCAGGCUGUAUCUGUUCCUUUUGAAAAUGGUGCUCCAAUUAUUGAAGGACUGGAAGAUACAGAGGUGACUCCACUCAAAGAAUCAACUAAAGUAAAUAAUAUGAUUUGUUCUGCAGAAAAGAUCAUUUCUCCUGUCCCAAAAGACGUCUCUCUACCAAGGGUUGUCUUAUGUUUAGCCCAUAAUGGAAAAGUUGCUUGGGACAUCAAAUGGAAACCUCCUUUAGCAAAUCAGUCGGAACAGAAAUCUCGUUUGGGUUUUCUGGCGGUACUCUUGGGGAAUGGCUCGAUUGAAGUAUGGGAAGUUCCUUCUCCAAGCAUGAUUCAGAAAAUUUAUUCCUCUUCUUUAAAGGAGGGUACUGACCCUCGUUUUUUAAAGUUGCAGCCUGUGUUUAGCUGUGCCAAAGUAAAGUGUGGGAACAGACAAAGCAUUCCCUUGACAGUUGAUUGGUCACCCUCUCAUGACAUGAUAUUGGCGGGAUGUCAUGAUGGAACGGUUGCUUUAUGGAAGUUCUCGACAAACUUGUCAUUUGAAGGUUCAAAACCUUUUAUGUGUGUAACUGCUGAAUCUGCUCCCAUCAGAACCGUGUCAUGGGCACCAUCUAUGAGCGAGGAAAAUGUGAAUACCUUUGUCACUGCUGGAGAGGAUGGUCUGAAAUUCUGGGAUUUAAGAGAUCCAUAUCGUCCUCUUUGGGAGUUAACUACUGCUCCAAGGGCUGUAUUAAGUCUUCAAUGGUUGAAGGAUGCGAGAGGUAUUGUCAUAUCAUUGGAAGAUGGCACAUUGAAAUUCCUUAGCUUAUCAAGAACUGCAAAUGAUGUUUCUGUUACUGGAAGGCCAUUUGCUGGAACUAAAACUCAGGGUGUUUCUACCUAUCAAUUGUCUGAAUAUUUGAUCUGGAGUGUCCAUGCCUCAGAAAUUACAGGCUAUGCAGCUUAUUGUGUGGCAGAUGGAACUGCUGUUUUCUUUGAGCUUACUCCGAGAUUCUGGGAAAAGGAACCUGGGAGGAACCGUGUACCAUAUUUUCUUUGUGGUUCAUUAACAGAGGUGGGAACAACCAUUAAAAUUGAUAUCACAUCACAGAACUCUCCUUUGUCAAAUGUUCCUCUGGGGGGCAAAAGGGCUGCCAAAACUUGCAAAGAUGUAGGGAAACUUCUUACCUACUCAGAGUACAAUUGUACUAUAAACUCGGAUGUCAAAUAUGGUCAACAAGAUGUACCUGAUAAAGGAAAAGAAACUGAUGCUGCAGUUUUAGCUCCUUCAAUGCAAGAGAAUAUCGGCGCAAGCACCAGCAGGGGUAGUGAAUCCCCUGAAAGUUUUGAGGUCUUUCCUCCUAAAGCUGUAGCAUUGCAUCGAUUGAGAUGGAACAUGAAUAAGGGUAGCGAGAGAUGGUUAUGCUAUGGGGGGGCUGCAGGCAUUGUCCGAUGUCAGAGGAUCUAAGAAACAAGAGCACAAUCGAGAAAUUCUCCUUGCAUAUCAGGAUAAUUUGUGUGUGUCCAUCUACACAGUAAACCGCUGCAUGCUUUGAUUAUCUUUGGAAUACCUGACAGAGCUGAGGUUCCCUGCGUUUUCGGAGCAGCAAUUCAUAAUGUCCUGGUUUGAAAAUAGAAGAUAUUGUCACCCCAUGUGAUUAUUUCUGGGUAUUAGUCUGAAAUAAGUGCAAUAAGUGCAGGUUGGCCAUCCAACUUUGCUAGAUCUCAUGUAAUUGUAAUUGAUUGUUAGUCUUAUUCAUUUCCUGUAACAUAUGUAUGAUUGCAUAUAUCAUUGCUAAAGUGAAAACUGCACGAUAUUAGGCUGAUUACGAAAUUAAUCUGGUGGAAUUUCAUACAUCACUGUUUUUUGGAAGUCAUACCGCCUUGUUGCGUCAUACUUAUAUGUAUCCUUUUAAGGGUGGUUGAGUUGUUAGGCUGUCAAAGCUCAUUCAAACAUAUCAUCAGAAAUUUGUU